GAUCCGCAACACGGCGAUUCUCGCGACGGCGCUGCGCUUCGUGGAGUCUUCGGCGCGGUUGGCGUUUGCGUAGCGGGAUGGAAGGCGCUCCAUCGGCCGCUCGCUUGCCGCUAGCUCUCUAGCUCCAUUCUCAGUGAUUCUUCUUUCUUCUCGGUGUUUCAUCCGGUUUGUGCAGCGAUAUCGAGCAUUGGUGCAUGGCAGGCUCUCCGUGGCGGUGCUCCUGGUGGAUUCGCCGCAGCACUUACCAGAUUUCGAGCUCUCGCGGUCGAUAUUUCGAGAGCUAGGGUGUUCUUGCGUGGAUCGAGCAAGGUUUUCGCGAAAUAUCGGGCAUCGGCAGUCCAGGGAGGCCUGCAUUGGCUCUAGCAGCAGAGAUUUCGUCGUCGCGGCGCGAUGGCUCGAUAUUACGGCAAGAUGCGCUCCUCGUUCGACUCGGAAGGGACGAGCGCCGGGCUCUCUCCACCGCAGUCGCCGCCGCGCCAUCCAGUCUACUUCGUCCAGAGCCCGUCCCGUGACUCCCACGAUGGCAACGAGAAGCCAUCGUUCCACUCGACGCCCGUGAUGAGCCCCAUGGCGUCGCCUCUCCAUCACCAGUCCUUCAUCAAGCACUCGGGAAGCUUGCAGAGCGAGGCCAGCUCUGUGCCCCCUGCGCCCAAGCCAGGAUCACGGAGAGUUCUUCCCCACGGCGGCUCGCUCCCUCCCCAUCACAGGCCGCACAAGAAGGGGUACAAGCAAUGGAUCCCGGGGACCAUCAUGGAGGAGGAGGAGCAGCAAUCGCACGGAGAAUCGGGCAAGAGGAAGCCCCUCUCGCGGUGCUGCCUGUUCUGGAUCAGCGUUCUCUGCUGUGUUCUUCUCCUCAGCUUUGGAGCGCUCAUCUUCUGGCUCGUCUGCCAGCCUCACUCGCCCAAGCUCGUCGUCAAGAAAAUCAUCUUCCACGAGUUUACCGUCGUGGCCGGGACGGACUCGGGCGUCCCGACGCGAGUGCUUACGUCCAAUUGCACGCUCAUGGUGAAUUUCCGCAACCCAUCGCAGUACUUUGGCCUCCACGUCCACGCUGCCGACAUCAAUCUGGUUUUCAACGAGCUCACGAUCGCUACAGGCCAGAUCCCAAAGUUCUACCAGCACAAGGACAGCAUGAAAACUUUCCCCGUGAAUGUGGAGGCGAUCAAGGUGCCGCUCUACGGCGCGGGGCCGGAUCUAGAGGGCUACACGAGCGGCGGUGGCGACGUGCCGCUGGCGGUGACUGGAACAAUCCAGUCGCGAGCCCACGUCUUCCCGCUGGUGCGCCCAAAGUACCGCACUUCCUUCUUCUGCCGCUUCAAGGUCCAUACCAGCCAAGUCAAGUUCCUCCGAGUUCUCGCAAACUCCUGCGCCUACGCGUGAGAGCCCCCACGCAAUAAAGUCGGGUUUGUUUUGUUUGGUGGGAUAUUCGAUUUGGCCUCUUUAAUUA